AUGGAUAAUUUAUACUCAAGCGUAGCCAAGGUAUUGGAGCUAACAUUAUCAAAGAAGUCAAGCUUACGGACAGCAGUGUACAAUCAUGCCUUCAAAGUAAUAUUUUCUAAUUUUUUUGUUUUAAUAUUUACAUUUAAUAUUACUUAAUAUUUGUUAGAUUAAUACAAUCCAUUUUUAAUGAAUUAGGAGUCGAGCCGAAAAUUGGGCCCGUUCCCUUUAUAAGCCUACAUUCGUAUCCUUUUAUUUUUUCAGAACAAAAAGCAACUUUUGCGUUUGAGCUGCGAAACAUUGAAGUACAAGGCAUAUUUGAAUAAGAUCUUGGACUGUCAAAAUGUGAUGAGGCAUCUUAUCAAGUGUCAAAGGCUAAGCGAACAAAGAGAAUUGUGUCUAAUAUUGGUUUACGAACUUGUGUUUGGGAAAGGUAUCUCCAUCGGAGACAAACAAAUAAAACGAGCCAUUUUGGGAGCAAAAAAGGACAUUUUAACAGAGGUAGGUAUUCUUGAUAAUGUUAUUGUAGAUUUAGAGUCAACCUUCUAUUCUUAUGUCUAAAUAAGCCACUUUUAAUUUUUUGUCUUUAGCAUCAGAACUUGAUUGACUCUGGAGUAGAUCCUGAAACCGCUGUGAGCAGUGAUACCAUUACUUUACCGCGUUAUGCACGAGUAAACACUUUAAAGAACACAGUUGAAGAAGCAAUCGAGGCAUUAGUCACACAAGAAUAUGAAUACUUGACCGAUGUUAGUAUCACAAACAGGACGAAAUUCAAAAAGUUUGUAGAAGGAAUGACAAAGUAUCAGUUCUUCGUCGAUAGACAUCUGCCAGAAGUGCUCAUCUUUUCUCCAAAUGUUGACCUACACGAAUGUGACUUGGUUGUGGAUUCUAAGUUGAUAUUACAAGACAAAGCGAGUUGCUUGCCAGCUUUUGUGUUAUCUCCAACGCCAGGAUCUGUUUGCGUAGAUGCGUGUGCUGCUCCCGGAAACAAGACUUCACAUCUUGUGGCACUGCUGGAGGGUAAAGGAGAAGUCUGGGCUUACGACAAAGACAGAACGCGACUACAGACAUUACAAAAAAGGAUGGAGGCUUGUGAAGCUGCAAUUGUAGAUGCUACAAACUUUGACUUCUUAAGAGUGCCUUUGGAGGACUUUGCAACGGUAGGUUUUCUAAAAUAAGAACAAAAAUUCGUUACCAAGAUGACUUUUAAGAAAUUUUACUUUUAGGUAGAUUACGCGCUUGUCGACCCACCGUGUUCAGGAAGUGGGAUGGUGAAGCGUGGUGAAUACUUACAAAAAAGAAGAAUUUAA